CCCGGAAGCGCCGCCGGGGCCGGGGCCGGGGCCGGUCUCUUAUGGCGGGCGAGGGCGGCUGAGAGGGGGGCCCGGGCCGCGGGGAGGCCUCGUUCCUGGGGAUGGCGGCGGCGGCGGCAGCGGCCGGCUCCAACUGGGGCCUGAUCAUGAACGUGGUGAACAGCAUCGUGGGGGUCAGCGUGCUUACCGUCCCCUUCUGCUUCCGGCAGUGUGGCAUUGUCCUGGGAGCUCUGCUCCUCAUUUUCUGCUCCUGGAUGACUCAUCAGUCCUGCAUGUUCCUGGUGAAAUCGGCCAAUCUCAGCAAGCGCAGGACCUACCCCGGCCUCGCAUUCCAUGCCUAUGGAAAAGCGGGAAAGAUGCUGGUGGAAACAAGCAUGAUCGGGCUGAUGCUGGGAACCUGCAUCGCUUUCUAUGUUGUCAUUGGUGACCUGGGGUCCAACUUCUUUGCCCGGCUGCUUGGAUUUCAGGUGUCGGGCAGUUUCCGGAUCGUGCUGCUCUUCGCUGUCUCCCUGUGCAUUGUUCUUCCCUUGAGCCUCCAGAGGAACAUGAUGGCCUCCAUACAGUCCUUCAGUGCCAUGGCUCUGAUCUUCUACACCGUGUUCAUGUUCGUGAUUGUGCUGUCGUCCUUCAAGCAUGGCCUGUUCAGCGGGCAGUGGCUGCAGCGAGUUAGUUACACUCGCUGGGAGGGCAUUUUUCGCUGCAUCCCCAUCUUUGGCAUGUCUUUUGCCUGUCAGUCUCAGGUCUUGCCUACCUAUGACAGCUUGGAUGAGCCGUCCGUUAAAAUCAUGAGCUCCAUAUUUGCUUCUUCCCUAAAUGUGGUCACCACCUUUUACAUCACGGUGGGCUUCUUUGGCUAUGUGAGUUACACUGAAGCCAUUGCUGGGAACGUCCUGAUGAACUUCCCUUCCAACCUGGUGACAGAGAUGAUCCGAGUGGGAUUCAUGAUGUCAGUAGCAGUGGGGUUUCCCAUGAUGAUUCUCCCAUGCAGACAGGCACUGAACACCCUUCUCUUUGAGCAGCAGCAAAAAGAUGGCACCUUUGCUGCAGGGGGCUACAUGCCCCCCCUUCGCUUCAAAGCCCUGACUCUGGCUGUGGUGUUUGGAACCAUGGUAGGAGGCAUCAUGAUCCCCAACGUGGAAACAGUCCUGGGCCUGACAGGUGCCACCAUGGGGAGUCUCAUCUGUUUUAUCUGCCCUGCUCUUAUUUACAAGAAGAUCCACAAGAAUGCACUUUGUUCACAGGUGAUCCUGUGGAUUGGCCUGGGAAUACUGGUUAUCAGCACAUACACCACCUUGUCUGCAACGGAGGACACCCGGGGGAAGACAGAAGCAGUGGGCUUGGAGCACCUGGAUAGAGGGGAGAACAGGAUUGAUGAGGAUUCACUCAAAAUCCCAGAGCAGAACCCGGCUGUGGAGGAGGCUGAGGAUGACCGGGAUAAACCCAAGCUGCUGGAGGAGAAGGAGGAGAUGGAGCAGCCACAAAUCAAGGUGCCCAUGGAGGUACCCAAGAGAGAGGAGGAGAGGGGAAAGCUGGAGGAGAAAGUGCAGCUUGACCGCCCUGAUCAAGGGAUUGCCCUGCCCGUGGGGGAAGCGCAUCGCCACGAGCCACCCGUCCCACGCGAUGAAGUGGUGGUGGACAUGGGGCGGGAGCGGGAGGAAUCCGAGGAGAAGGAGCUCAGGCCUGGAGGAGCCAACGAUGGUCGGCUCAAGCCAGAGCUGGAGGAACCGGCUGCCCUGAAUCCUCAGAAAGAGGCACUUGGCCCAAAACAAGGGCAGGAAGCGAUCGCUGAGAACCAACUGCGGGGAGGGACUGACGAGCCCGUUAAGAAUCCAAAGAACGUCCUGGAGGUGGUGGUGCAGCAGGAUGGCAGGCUGCCAUACAAAGAGCUGGAGCCAGACAAACAAGUGGUGCAAGCCAAGGCACAAGCUGCCAUGCAGGACGGUGAGAAGAAAGCUGAAGCUGCAGGUGACGGGGAGAAAUCAAAGCUCCAGCUCCCCAGGAAAGCAGAGGAGGCUGCAAACUCUGUGGAGAAGGAAGGUGACCCUGGUGAGAAGCAGGAGCUGCCUCUUCUGGAUAGAGCAGAUCUGGAGCUGAGGGAGACCCGGAACAGGGAGGAGAAGCUGCAGGAGAACGUGGAGAGCAAGCUGGAGGAAGCGGGGCAGGCGAAGCUGCUGGAUCGUGCCAUGCUGCUGCAGGUGAUCAAAGAGCAGCAGGUGCAGCACAAGCAGCUCCUGGACCACCAGGCAAAACUGCUGGCUGUCAUCGAGGAGCAGCACAAGGAGAUCCACCAGCAAAGGCAGGAGGAGGGGGGAGAGGAGAAGCCAAAGCAAGCGGAAGCGCAGCCGGAGCCCCGGAGCAGGGAGGACAAGGGCCUGGGAGCUGGGCAAGAAGCUGCCGUGAAGCCACUGGGCAAAGAGGGGUUGGAGCAGCCCAGGCAGGGCCGGCAGCCCCCGGAGCUUGUGGAGCAGCACAGGGGGACUGCAGGAAAGCUGGACGAGGCUGGGCAGAGACGUGAGAUUCCUGGGAUCUCUCCCAAGGAGCGGAAGGUGCUGCCACAGGAGAACGACAGAGCUGUUAAAGAUCCCACAGAGAACCAGGAUCCCCUUCACAGGGAUGCCCAACACAUUCCAGCAGCCAGAAACCACCUAGAGAAGAAGGCCUUGGCAGAGGAUUUAGGAAGAGAUCGUGAAGCCAAAGCUGGAAGAGAUGUCCACGAGAAGAAGAAUUCCCUGAAAGCCAUGGAAGUAGCUACAGCUCCCAUCCAAAGAGAACAGCUGGGGGCUGCCAAAGUUCAGGGAGUAGCAGGAAAGAGUCUGGAAGGAGACUCAGGAAUCGACCUUAAAGCCAAAGCACUGAGUCAGGUGGAGCCCAAAGACCUGGCAGUUGCUCUGGACUCCUCCAGUAAGAGGAACAUGGCAGAGAGCGAGCAGCACCUACGGGAGCACUGGAGAGGUGCAGGCACCGAGGGCGCCGGGCGGCAGGCCUGGCAGAGGGACCGAGGGGAGGGCAGGGAGGAGGCUGCUCGGGAGAAGGUGGCGGACGUGGCCCAGGACCCGCAGGAGGGUCCCCGGGGCAAGCAGAGGCCGGGGGAUGGAGGCAUCUCAAACGAUGCUGAGAAGAAGCCAGGCCCUGAGAAUCCUCCUGCCCAAAAGGCUGAGGAAGGAGCAGCUGCCCAGGGGGAGCAGAAGCCGGACCACGACAUCAAACCCAACCGGGACCUGAAACUGCAGGCGGACCUGGACCUGCGCCGGAGGAGACGGGAGCUGCUGCCUGCCGAGGAGGAGGAGGCUGCACAGGGGGUCUUCAUUGGCCUGAACCCCCUUCCAGAUGUGAAAGUGAACGACCUGCGGAGCGCGCUGGAGACGCGGCUGCAGCAGGUUGCGGAGGGGGCCCAGCAGGUGGUCCGCAGCCGGCAGAUCCAGCAGGCCCCGCGGGCGGGCGGCAGCGUCUGAGCCGGGUGGUCGUGCUCCGUGGGUGGCUGCGGGUGGUGGCCACAGGCACCAGGCCCAGCAGCUCCCCAGGGACGGGUCAAGUCAUCCAGCUGCUUUUUUGGCUGCUGUUGGCUCAGGCAGGGGUGGGUCUGAGCCAGCAGCACACAGUGCUGGGACCCCUGGGAUCCCUUUGUACCUGGGAGCAUCAUCCAGGGAACCGGAGGCUUCUCCUCCCUGCAUGUGUGGCUGCAGGUGGCCAAGGAGAUGGCAAUGCUGAAAUAAAUGCUCCUGCUCUCCUCCAGCCUUCAGAGGUUGCCCUGCUCCUUGGUCCCCUGCCAGACCAGCUUCCAAGGACCUUUUUCACCAUCUCGUUCAUAUCAAAUUGCCUUCUCCAGCUGGCUCUUGACUGCCCUUUCAGAACUGAGGUGCUGCUCCUCCACAAGGUUCCCUGCUUGGAAAGGCCUCUCUGGUCCCUGCCUUGGGUCCCCUGGGGUCGUGUGGGGCAUCAGGAGGAGGGAAAAUUGGGAUCACAGCUUUUGGGAAAGGAGCAUCAAGUCACAAGUUGAGAACCAGCUUAGCCAAUUGCUUGGGUGUUUCUUCUGGAAUGGGAGCUGUUAGCCUUGCAUGUUUAGGAGAUAGUUGUGGUUUAGGAACCUAGUUUAGUAGAAACGCUGCCUUAAACGGGCACAACAGCUGCUGUUGUGCUGCCUCUACCCCAGGGAUGUCGAGGGCGGCCGCACACAAGCAAUAACCCGGAGCUUCGCCCUCCCCGGACGCUCAGCUCCCAUCUCUGCUUUCAAGCUUGACUCCUUCUGUCCAAAGUGCAUUUAUGAAGCUCAGCUCGGGGGCUGCGGGCCCCUCCCCUUCCCAGACCAGCUUGUUUUUUCUGCAAGAGAUGACUAAUUUGGGAACAAAAGACGUGGCUUCAAAGGGCAGGCGCGGCGGCUCAGGCCUACCUACCUCUUCUCUCUUCCACACAGUUCAGUGUGUUUGUGUGUUCUUCCCAGCCCUGUUUUACAUCCAUAGAUGUCCCUGCUCCACCCCUGGAAAUGCAUUUUAUGAGCAAGGAGAGGAAGAGCUUCUAUGAGAGCCCUGGUUCCUGCCAGGCUCCCAGUCAGUGAUUCAUCCGUUUGGUUUUUAUUUUGUUUUUACAUCCUGACUUGCGAAUGUAAGAAAUCAAAUCCCAAAGCUCUUGUUAGAAUGGCUGAAAUUUCCCAGCCUGGAGCCUACAGACCUCAUCACUGUGGUGGUUUUUAUAUCCGUAUCUCCAAGUGUCUUUGAUAAACUAAGCCUUGUGGAGUUGGCAUCUGCUGGGACCUCGCAGGGACGGGUUACUGGACACACGGGACUGUCACACCAGCUCUGGUCACUCGCUGCCCGCCCAGGAGCCUGUUCCUCGUCUUAAUUUCUCAUUAAAACAACUCAAGAGCCACAGCCAGGACUCGGGUGAGCUUCAGGAGGGCCCCCCUGCCAUUUCCCCGUGACUGUCAUGGCCUUAACCCCGUGGUACAAACCAGCUUCUCCAUUCCGCUGUCCUAAAGCACAAGGAACGUGGCCGGGACCCGCAGCCGUCGGGCAGGGAUCCCAGCUCUGCCCGCAGCGAGACUCCCUGCGGCACCAACCAGCCUUUCCAAAGCAAGAGGAGCUGGAGCCGGGGCUGGAUCUGCCCCUUCCUGCCUCCGGGGUCUUGCCGAGGCUCUCCCGGGCAGGGCGGGGCUCAGCCCUGCCCCUAACCCGGUGUUUGUUGAUGUUGAGUGUUGUUUUUUUUUCCAUGAACACAAAGGACCAAAGAUGCUCCGGACAUUCCUGGGCACCCCGAGCGGGAGCUGCAUUGCCUCCUCCUCCCGGGGUGGAGAGCGCCGGAGAGGAGGCUGAGCCCAUCAAUAAAAUAAGCUGAAGCAUUUUGAUCUGAA